AUGGUGACCUUUCUUCAGAUCUCUCCAACACUGGGCACUGCGAGCAGGAAAACCAAAAAGAAGGAGGGCGGCGCCAAGCGAGCCCAGAGGGCUUCCUCCAACGUCUUCUCCAGCUUUGAGCAGACCCAAAUCCAGGAAUUCAAGGAAGCUUUCACUCUGAUUGAUCAGAACAGAGACGGCUUCAUUGACAAAGAGGAUCUGAAAGACACUUAUGCAUCCUUGGGCAAACUCAAUGUAAAAGAUGAUGAACUAGAAUCCAUGUUGCAAGAGGCCACUGGUCCAAUUAACUUCACCAUGUUUUUAAAUCUGUUUGGAGCAAAGUUACAUGGUUCUGACCCAGAAGAGGUGAUGCUAAAUGCAUUCAGAUUGUUUGAUCCAGAAGGCAAAGGACACAUCAACAAAGACGAAUUAAAACGAAUGUUGAUGACACAAGCUGACAAAUUCACAGCUGAGGAGGCUGAGCAGAUGUUUCGGUCCUCUCCCAUUGAUGCAGCGGGUAACCUGGAUUAUAAAUCGCUCUGCUACAUCAUCACACACGGUGAAGAAAAGGAAGAGUAAAUGAAGAAUAAAACACACUUACUUGAAGUCCUCAGA